AACGGUUUCUUCUUUCUAUUUUGUAUUUUGCUACAAAGCAGCACCAUCCAUGGCUGAUUGGUCUCAACUUCCAACAGAACUUCUUCAACUCAUAUCCCAAAAACUGAACAGUGAUUUCUAUCUUCUUCGCUUUCGUUCUGUCUGUUCCACAUGGCGUUCUUCCAUCCCAAACCACCCUCCCAACCACCACUUACCGUUCAAGCUUCCACCACUACCCGACAACAACGACAACGAUUCUGUAUGUUACGUUGUAAAACAUAAUAUCUUUCUCAUCAAACCAACCACAAUCACAAUCCCAAACCAACAACAACAACAACAAAUUUUCAUCAAACCCUUGUUGAUCAGAAUUGGUCCAAAUUUAAACGGUAAUAAAAUUCAUCUUUGGCAUCCUCUUGAUCUUGACCAACGUUUACCUUUCAAUUUUACUAGUAAGGUUGUUUUCGACUUCAAUCAUAUCUCCAUCGUUGAUCUCGGAUAUGUGUUCUUGCUAUACAUACUCAAAGACAGUGACUCACUUCAAAAUUAUCCAUAUCCAUAUGUUUAUUAUGAAAAUGUCGUUGCUGCCACGUGUCCGGGGGAACUACAACCUCUCAUUGUCACAUUCAACCGCUAUUAUGAGAUGUGUAUGUUCCGGCCUUGGGACAAUGUUUGGACGAAGAUCCCCAAUGUUUCAGCCUGUGAAGACAUUUGCAAUUUUAAAGGGCGGACUUGUUUGGUAGACAAAACCGGUCGGACUGUGAUGGUUGGACCGGACUUGAGCGUUGAUUUUGUAGCAGAUGAGAUAUCGGAUCCUGGCAUGGUUAGAUUAUGUUUGGUUGAGAGUGAGUUGUAUCUAGUGGUUUCAUGCUAUGGUGGUGUUAAUGUACGGAUUGAUGUGUACAGGCUUGAUGAGAAGAAGAAAAAGUGGGUGAAGUUGUCAAACUUAGGCGAUAGGGUUUUGUUCUUGGGGAAUCGAUGUUCGUUUUCUGCUUCUGCUUCCGAUUUGGGUUUUGCCAAUGGGAAUUGUGUGAUCACUAUGAGUGAUGUUACCUUGAAGUUUGGAAUGAGUGUUUUAAACUUUGAUGAAGGUCGGGUUUUGCCUUUGUCUGAUUAUCCCGACUAUUUCAAGUUACUUGCAAAAUCUGGUUUGGAUCAUGGACAGCUGCAUUGGGAAGAUUAUACUUAUAUAAUAGAAUUUGUAAUGAGAAGAGGGAGAACCAUUGAGUUUAUAGAUGUCUCUUUAAAUGGGAUUUUGAUUAGAUGCUCUGAUUUUGAGGUAAGGUUUGGAUCAGAUGUAGUUGUGGCAAAGCCAUUGGCCAUUUUGAACACACAACCCUACAGCUACAACAAUUCCUUGCUUAUUGACGAACGGUUUUCUUCCUAUUUUGCAUUUGCCCAAACCGAAGCAGCACCAUCCAUGGCUGAUUGGUCUCUUCUUCCGACGGAACUUCUGCAACUGAUAUCCCAAAAACUGAAGAGUGAUUUCUAUCUUCUUCGCUUUCGUUCUGUCUGUUCCACAUGGCGCUCUUCCAUCCCUAACUGCCGUCCUAACCACCACAUACCCUUAAAGCUUCCACUACCCUUCGGCACCGAUUCCAUAGGCUACCUCGUAAAACACAACAUCUUUUUCAUCAAACCAACCACAAUCAUACACCCAAACCAACCUCAACAAAUUCUCCAACCCUUUUUGCUCAGAAUCGGUCCAAAUGUAAACGGUAAAACUCACAUCUGGCAUCCCCUCAAUCUUAACGAAAAUUUACCUUUCCAUUUCCCUGGUAAAGUCUUCGACUUCAAUUACAUCUCCAUUGUCGAUCUUGGACACGUGUUCGUGCUCAAAACCAGUGACUCACUUGAAAAUAAUCUAUAUCCCCAUAUCCAUUAUGAUAAAGUCGUAGCUGCCACGUUUCCGGGGGAACAACAACCUCACUUUGUCACACACGACUUCUCUCGGGGGCCGUGUAUGAUCCGGCCUGGGGACGAUGGUUGGAUGGAGAUCCCCGAUCUCUCAUGCUGCGGUUUAGGAGACAUCUGCAAUUUUAAAGGGCGGACUUGUGUGGUAGACCAUACAGGUAAAACUGUGAUGGUUGGACCGGACUUAAGUGUUGAUCUUGUGGUGGCUAAGCUAUCGUAUGGCCGGUUUAGAUUAUGUGUGGUUGAGAGUGAGUUGUUGUUAGUGGAUACGACUUCUUGUGAUAAUGGUGCAUGGAUGGAUGUGUAUAGGCUUGAUGAGAAGAACAAAAAGUGGGUGGAGUUGUCAAAUUUAGGAGAUAGGGUUUUGUUCUUGGGGAAAAAAUGUUCAUUUUCUGCUUCUGCUUCCGAUUUGGGUUUUGCCAAUGGGAAUUAUGUUAUCAAUAUGGACGUGAGUCGCAUUGGUUGUGGAGUGUGUGAUUUAAACUUGGAUAAAGAUAAGAUUUUACCUUUGUCUGAUUAUCCCGAUUAUUUCAACUUACUUGAAGCUUCUGGAUUGGAUAAUGAAGAGCUGCAUUGGGAAAAACAAUGUUAUGAAGAUGAAGAAAGUGAAGAUGAAGAUGAAGAAAGUGAAGAGGAAGAAGAUGAAGAAAAGUAAAGUGUUUUGACGAUGGAAAGUAAUGAAAGGAUUGAGGAAGAAGAUGGAAAAAUGGAAGUAAAGAGUUUUGAUUUUCUCGGUUUGAUGAAAUUUAGGGAUGAAGGUAAUGAAUUUUCUGGGAUGAAGUAGAUCAUUUUAUUUAGUUCCUAAUAGAAAGCCUAGUCACUUUAAAUAGGAGCAAGAGAAAGAAAGAAAAAAAAAAAGGCAUGAGGCACAACGUUGGGUUCGUGCGUAAAACAUGUUAAUAUGCUGACAAUAUGGUAGUGAUAUUGUUAAAUGUGUUCUAUUUCCCAGAAGACUUGAUAUUUGGUUUCAAUUACUAGUACUGCUCAAGUUUGAUA